UGGAACUUGUCAGAGUUCAUCCUGCUGUCUCAGAAAGCCAGUGCUGCAGCUUUUGUAGCUUCUGUGACCCUCUCAAACCAGAUAGUAAAAUCUCAAAACAAUGUCUCUGUCUUUCGAGGGAAGAGUCGUGCUUGUUACUGGGGCCGGAGGAGGUCUUGGCAGAGAAUAUGCACUGGCUUUUGCUGAGAGAGGUGCCUCAGUAAUAGUGAAUGACCUUGGGGCAGACACUAAAGGAGGCGGAAAGAGUUCUGCAGCUGCUGAUAAGGUGGUGGAAGAGAUAAGAGCGAAGGGAGGCAAGGCAGUGGCGAACUAUGAUUCUGUAGAAGAUGGAGAGAAGCUGAUCCAGACAGCAUUGGAUGCAUUUGGAAGAAUAGAUGUUGUUGUAAACAAUGCUGGAAUACUUCGUGACCGAUCAUUUGCCAGGACGAGUGAUUUGGAUUGGGACCUCAUUCAGAGAGUUCACUUGAGAGGCUCUUUCUUAGUGACUCGAGCUGCCUGGAACCACAUGAAAAACCAAAAGUUUGGCAGAAUCAUCAUGACUGCUUCAGCCGCAGGGAUCUAUGGCAACUUUGGCCAGGCCAACUACAGCGCUGCCAAGCUGGGCUUGCUGGGGCUGGCUAACACUUUGGCAAUCGAGGGUCGCAAGUACAACAUCCACUGCAAUACGAUUGCUCCUGUUGCUGGGUCACGGCUCACAGAAACAGUCAUGCCUCCAGAUCUUGUGGCGUCUCUGAAGCCUGAGUAUGUUGCUCCUUUGGUCCUCUGGCUCUGUCAUGAACAAUGCCAGGAGAAUGGAGGACUGUUUGAGGUUGGUGCAGGGUGGAUUGGUAAAUUGCGCUGGGAGCGUACUCAGGGCUAUAUAGUGAGACAGAAGAACCAAUCCAUGAAACCCGAGUCCAUCAGGGACCACUGGGAAAAAAUAUGUGACUUCACAGAUGCCACCAAACCUGCUAAUAUGCAAGAGUCUCUGCAGUCAAUGGUGAGUGUGCUGUCUCAAGUGGAAUCGCAGGGUGAUGUUGGUGUGAAUCCAGCAGCAGCUGCAGCCUCUGCAGGCUUGGGAUCAGGGAUUGAUCCUACUAAAGCAGUGGGACAAAAACUUCCUCCAACCACUUUCAGCUUCAACCACACCCAGUGUAUCCUGUAUGCGCUGGGUGUCGGCAUGUCCACCAAGGACCCAGACCAUCUGAGGUUCCUGUAUGAAGGCCAUCCGGACUUCAGCUGCCUCCCCACCUUCGGGGUCAUUCCCUCCCAGGCAGCUAUGAUGGAUGGUGGUCUGAGCUCAGUCCCUGGACUCAACAUAGAUUUUACCCAGGUGUUGCAUGGGGAGCAGUACUUGGAGCUUUACAAACCUCUGCCAACUUCAGGUAAACUUACCUCUGAGGCCACGAUAGCAGACGUGUUGGAUAAAGGAUCUGGAGCCGUCAUCCUCCUGGAUGUGAAUACCUACAGUGGCAACGAGCUGGUGUGCUACAACCAGUUUUCGGUGUUUGUUGUCGGUGCUGGAGGCUUCGGAGGAAAGAGAAGCUCUGAGAAAGCCAAACCUCCUGUUCCUCCUCCUAAACGCUCACCAGAUGCUGUUGUGAUCGAUUCAACCACAAGAGACCAAGCUGCCUUGUAUCGCCUGAGUGGAGACUGGAACCCUCUUCAUAUAGACCCCAGCUUUGCUGCUAUGGGAGGCUUCAAAGCUCCCAUCCUGCAUGGCCUGUGUUCGUUCGGCUUCGCUGCGAGACACGUCCUCAAGCAGUUCGCCGACAACGACCCCUCCAGGUUCAAGGCCAUCAAGGUUCGCUUUGUGAAGCCGGUGAUGCCGGGUCAGUCACUGCAGACUGAGAUGUGGAAGGAAGGCAACAGAGUUCACAUCCAGUGCAAAGUGAAGGAGACCGAUGCAGUCGUGCUGGCAGGAGCCUAUGUGGAUUUGCACGGAGCCUCAGGAGCAUCUCCAGAAAAUCUCUCUCAGGGAGGUGGCCUUCAGAGUGAGCUGGUGUUUGCAGAGAUCGGCCGUCGUAUCAAAGACGUGGGCUCAGAGCUGGUCAAGAAGGUGAACGCUGUGUUCGGCUGGGAGAUAACGAAAGAUGGGAAGAAAGCGGCACAGUGGACCAUUGAUCUGAAGAGCGGCAGCGGGUCAUUGCACAAAGGGCCUUACGGCGGAAAGGCGGAUGUGACCAUGACUGUGUCGGACGAAGACUUCAUGGAGGUGGUGCAGGGGAAGCUCAACCCUCAGAAGGCCUUCUUCUCUGGCAAGCUGAAGGUUAGAGGGAACAUCAUGCUGAGUCAGAAGCUGGAGGUUAUCCUGAAGGACUACGCCAAGCUGUGAGCUCCUCAGCCAGCCAAUCAAAUGACUUCAAGAACUGACCAACCUACAAGCUCGCCUUCUCCUUCUGUGUGUGUGUGUGUGUGUGUGUGUGUGUGUGUGUGUGUAUACUUUUCCACUCGAGGGAAACACACAAAGUGACCCUGAGAAUUAAUUCUGAAGUGUCACUAAUCAAGUUUCAAAGAGUCUGAAAUAAAACGUCUUUAUUCUCAGCCAUCAUGAGGAGAAACUGUAAUUCAGAGCACCUGGUUAUUUACACCUGGCUACAGUCGGUCCUUGCUAACCUGUGCCUAAUGAAUCAUGUAGAAAAUAACCAAAGCAUUUCAUAAAUGUAAUUGCUUCACAAAGACUGUGCUCAAAUGUGUCUAAUGAAACGAUUGCUCUUCUAUUAAAAAGAACUAAAUGAGAAUAAAACCUCAUCGUUUAACACUUAAA